AUGAACAGUGUUCCAUUGGAGCUAAGAGUGUGGGCAUUCCCAGAUAAACCUUAGAAAUUCAGAGAUGAUUUGAUUGUCUAGAUCAAAGAUAAUCCUCUGCCUCUCAUCAUUCCUUUGGUAUGCAUAGGAUGUAGACCUACUAUUGAUUUAAUUAAUCCUGACAUAAAAUUUGAAAGAUUGUUAAUUUCUUAAUCUGAUUCCAGGACAGUUACUAUAAAGAACACAGGUAUGAUAAAUGCAAAAUGGAAAUUAACAGGAAUAGAGCAAUUGGAAGAGGAGUUCUAAGUGAUCAACACUUCAGGUGAAUUGGCUCCUACAAUGGAAGCUAAGAUUGAAAUAAGAUUCAGAGCAAUUAAGGAGAGAAAAUUAAAUUUGAAAAUAACUCUUGAAGUUGAAGAUGUGGAGAACAUGAACAUUAAGUAGGAUCCCAAGAUUAUUAAUGUGGAUGCUGAAGCAUUUUAAAUUUAAGUUGAUAUCAAGUAUCCAACACCAGAGAAUAUUUUAGAUUUUGGUAGUGUCAAAGUGGGUGAUUUCAAAGAUCAAGUGUUGUAAGUCAAGAACAUCGGGUAGUAUUUGGUGAAAAUUAAGUGUCUAAUUAAAAAGAAGCUCUUCCCUCAAUUGUUUUAAUUGGAACCGAUGGAAACUGAUCUGAAUCCUGGUUAAUAGAAGGAUAUUUUGAUAAGAUUUUGUGGAGUCAAGGAGAUUAAGAUGAAGACUACAAAUGAUACUACUGAUCUAUAUUUGGAGAUCUUGGAAGGGAAAACACAAGAAAUCUACAAGCCUGUUCCUAUCAAUGUGCAAUUCAAUAGUGUUUAUUCGAAGUAUUCAAUUAAUCCAUUAAAAAAUAUCAAUUUUGGACCCAUUCAAUUCAAUGAAUCGAAAGUAAGACACUUGGAGAUAAAGAAUGAAGGGUAAUUCGAAUUCAAUUUCACAAUAUUUGAUUAUGCAAAUGAGGAAUUCAGAAAGCAAUUGUUGGACCAAUAGACUAAGGAAGCCUAGGAAAAGAAGGAAUUGAUGAAGGCUAUGCCAUCUUCAUUGGCACCUCAAGAGAAGAAAUAGGCUAAGCCAGGGAAGAAUGAUCCACCUCCUGGAUAAUUGAAAAUCGGGCAAUGGACAAUUAUGCCUAGUAUUGGCACAAUAGCCCCAGACUCUUCUUGUACAGUGGAAAUCACUUUUGCAGGAUAGGGAUAGAAGAACUAUGAACAAAAAUUGGCAAUCGACAUCAUUAAUCGUAAUCCAGAAGAUUAACCAAAUGGAAUUGAAUAUGAAGUACUGAGUGAAAGUUGUAUUCCAGGUAUUAGUACAACUAGUUAUGAAUCUAUUUUUGAAGAGCAAGUCGUAUUGCAAUCUCAAGUGAAUAAUCUAUCAAACUUGAUUAAUUCCAAUGUCUUCUUCAUAGAGGAAAAGGUAUUCAGCUUUGGUACUUUGGUGCCAUCUAAAGUUCCUGACGGAGUAGUGGAAAGAUUCAAACUCACAAAUCCCAACAAGAUUCCAUGCAGUGUUAAAUUAGAUGCUAGAAGAAGGUAGAAUUAUCCCAAUGAUAACUUCGCAUUUGAACACCUCAUGAAAGUGUCUACAUCAAGGUUGCUCUUCAAACCUGCUAUAAUGGCUCAAUAUUAUGGUAUUUUUGAGGCUAUCGUUGAGAAUGGUGAACAAAGUGCCAAGACUCAUAAAUUAUUGUUUGAUUUACGAGGAGAAGGAGCCUUACCAACAUUGAAAUUGGAGAAACCUAAGGAUUGGUUGGAUGAGAGGACACCUGUUGUUAAAUUUGGCAGAGUUCGAUUGGGCAAGACUUUAACUAUGCCAAUCGUCUUGAAGAAUGAUGGAUAGAUUCCAGCCACUGUUAAAUGGGAUUUGACAGCAGUGAAUGAACAUUUUAGAUUCUUAGAUCAAAACACAUUUACACUUACUCCUAAAACUACUGCCACUUUCAACAUUGAAUUUACUCCAAAGGAAGUUGGAGUUAAGUAACAUUACUUUGUAAUGUAAACUCUACUGAAUCCCUAUGAAGUUACUAAAGUGGCAGUAACAGGAGAAGCAUUCUAAGAGGACAUUGUAUUUGAAAACUUGGAUGAUGAAGUUCAAUUUGGUGAUUGCAUUAUUAAUACUGAAAAGAAAAUAUAGUUUUUCCUUAAAAACAAUGGAGCCAACACAAUUAGAUUCUAAUGGAAUACAUAGGGAUGUGAAGAUUUUUCAUUUAUUCCAAGACAAGGUCAUUUGAAUACCAAAGAGUCUAAACCCAUUACUCUAAUAUUUAAAUCCAAUAGAAGCAUAAUUCACAAAUCUUUUGCAUUACAGUGUGACACUAAGCAAAUUAAUAAGAAAACAUAAUCUGAAUGGGAUGAUAGCAUGGCAACCACAAAGUAUGUCACAUUAACUGAGUAUAAUUGGUUUAUGAAGAGAAGAGAGGAAGAGGAAGCUAGAAGAUUGGCUGAAGAGGCUGCCAACAAAAAGGGAGCCAAGAAAGUAGAUAAGAAAACUGCAAAGCAAGAAAUUGUCCAACCUCCCUAACCUGAACCUGGAGAGGAUUCCAACAUACCCAUUUCAGACCCAUUACCUGAACCAGAAUAUCAAGUUAUAGAUAAGAGUGAUAAGAGUAUGCCAUUGAAGGUGAAUGCAGUUGCUGAUUUUGCAAAAUAUGAGAUAGAUCAGAGAAAUGUUUACUUUAAGGAAACCUUGAUGUAUACAACCAGAGUUCAUUAAUUGAAAUUAAAGAAUACUUCGUUGAUAGCCAUAAAUUAUAAUUGUAAGAUAGUGUCAGCAGAGACUGGAACCAUAGAUCCUGGAUACUUUUACGUGUUUCCAAAGCAAGGCAAGAUUGCUAGCAACAGUGACGAGAUGUUCACUAUUAAAUUCAGUCCUACAGAAGUUGAUGAGUCGAAUGAGAGGUUGUUGGUCAUCUCAAUAGAUAAUUUGGAUCCCAAUUAGGAGAAGUUGAUAGUUGAAUUGGAUGGAUAAGCAGAAAGACCGAUAUGUCAUUUCGAAUUGCCACCUAGCAAUUACAGAGAUAAGAAGCCAGAUUUGGAAGCCAAAUACAAUGUGAUUGAAUUUGAGAGUUUGGGAUGCAAGGUGAAGAAUACGAAGAGAUUUUAUGUUGUGAAUCCCACUUCAGUGGGUUAUGAAUAUGAAUGGAAGAGAAUUGACGAUGAAAAGAACCAGAAUGCAAACUACUUUAAAUGUAUCACACUCAAGGGUGUAGUGUUGUCAGGUAAGAAAUCAGAAAUCAUCUUUGAAUAUUCACCAGAUACAUAAGGACAACAUGAAAGCUAUUGGGUUUUCGAGAUUCCACAAGAACACAUUACUUAAUAUUUCCUAAUUACUGGAGGUGUGGUUGAACCAAAUGUAAUAUUCAAUGUUGGUAAGGUCAAUUUCGGUCCCUUGUUGGUUCAAGGAAAGAAUAAAGAAACUGUUAUCCUUAAAAAUUUGGAAGAUGUUCCUUUGACAUUUUAAUUUGAUAGGGAAUCUUUCCAUAAUCCAGAGUUCGGUGAUUCUCUCACAAUAACCCCAGUUCAAGGUACCAUCAAGGCACUUGGAGAUUAACCAAUUGAGAUAUAAUUUGCACCAAAAGUUGAAAGAGAAUACAAUUACAAUCUUUUAUGCAAUGUGAAGAGGAGACAGAGACCUGUAACAUUAAAUGUCAAGGGUAUUGGUUACAUCCUACACAAUAAUGUGUUAUUGAAUGGCGUUGCUGUUACACAAUAAAAUACAGUAGUUGAAUUGGGAGAUUUGUACAUAAACGAGAAAUCAAGCAAAUAGAUCACGGUUGAGAAUUAAGGGGAUUUUAAUUUCGAUUUCAGUGUGAGAAAAUCAGCUCAAUUGUCCAACAUUGUGAUUAUCAACCCAGAGAAUGGUACAGUGAAGAAGAAUGAGAAGUUUAAUAUUGAAAUCAGAUAUCAACCAACAGCUCCUUAGAAAUUGAAUUAACAAUUUUCAUUAUGCAUUUCAAGCGGACCUACUUACAAUUUCCAAUUGAUUGGAUCUGCUAAGAAACCAGCAGUAGAAUUUUCAUUUUUACAAUAUGACUUUGGACCAUGCUUUGUAUUGAGAUAGCCAUUACCGAUCACCAAAAAUUUGGAGUUGAGAAAUAGAGAUGUGUAGGCUAUGGCGAUUGAAGCUUUGUAUGAGAAGAAGCCCUAUUUUGGAGUUUAAUUACCUUCAGGAUAGGUGCUAUUGCCAAUUCAGAUAGAAACUCAUAAGGAUAAGAAGGGAAUCAUACAAACGAAGGAGUUGAAUGUUUUAUAGAUCCCAAUAACUUUCACUCCAAGAGAGUUGGUCAAAUAUGAUGAGAGUGUGAUCUUUGACAUUAAUGGAUUGUAAAAGGUAGAGGUGAGAUUUACAGGAGAAGGUGUUCCUUUGAAGUUAGACUUAUUGAAGACAGAAUACUAGUUUGUAGAUUUUGGAAUAUAUGGUAUUGGACAGAUUGGAACUGAGGUAGUUUCUUUAGUGAAUAAUUCAUAAAAGAUGGUCACUUUGAUCUUCGAGUAGGAUUUGCUGAAGGAAUUGAAAUAAAAAUAUUACAUUAAGGUAAGGCCAAAGAAGGAGUUUGUAAUUAAUCCAAGAGAGAGGAAAGAAAUUACUUUGACUUUUAAACCUAAAUAGAGAUUGCAUUCUUUCAAGACUGAUCUGUUCUUUAAGAUAGUUGAAAACAACGAAGUGAGAAAACUAUUGACAUUGUAAGGAGCAUGCCAUGGCAUCGAAUUGAAGUUGAUGGAGGAUACCAUAGGAUUUGGAGGAGUGGUUAUCAAUUCAAGACUGACAAAGAAUGUGCAAUUGAGUAAUUUGGGAGAUGUUGCUGCUAAAUUCCAAUGGGAUACCUCAUUUUGUAAGAACUACUUCACCAUCACUCCAUUGUCAGGAACAUUGCCAGCUCAUGAAGACCUAUAAUUUUAGAUUACGUUCCAUCCAAAUGCUAUUGAUAACGACAUUAGAUUCGAUAAGGUGAAAUGCUUGAUCUAAAAUUCAGAUCCAUUGUACUUGAACCUCUUAGGCAAAUGCAUAGAAUAGCCAAAAGAAUAAAUCUAAGAAGUGAAAUUUGAGACUGUUGUACGUGUACCCACCUCUAAAAAGGUUACUGUUAAAAAUCCAACACCAAAACCAUGGAAAGUCAAAGCAUCUGUGACUGCCUUGUUGCCUUAAUUUAAGGAUUACUUUGAAGGCAAAGAAUACAUAGAAGUCCCAGCCAAUGGAUAGGCAGAAUACGAAGUCAUUUACAAGCCUUUAACUAUGACAUCCAAUCCUUAAAUCUAAAACUUACAGGAUCAACACGAAGGAUCGCUCUUUUUCCCAUUACCUGAUGGGUAGGCACUUCUCUAUAAUCUAUUUGGUAAGAGUUUGCCACCAUUACCAUAAACUGUGGACACAACCAUGAAGGCCAAAAAGAACACAACCUAAGUGUUGUAAGUGAAGAACUGGUUAAAGACAAGUCAAAGAUUCGAGGUUACCUGGACUUUAGAACCUGAAGAUCCCUCUAUUAUUCUUAACGGAGCCAACACUUUUGAGGUCUCUAGUGAGGGAACUAAGGAAUACAAACUCACCAUAUAUGGACUUAAACAAUCUUAAAAUAAAGUUACAGUCUAUUUCAGAAAUGCCAUCACAUAAGAAUUUGUGUUCUUUAAAAUUAAUCUAACAAUUCAACCCCCAGAUCAAUUACCAAGAAUUGAAUUGACAUCCAUAGUUAGGGAGGUGGCAACAAAGUUGAUUACCAUUGAGAAUCCAAUCAAUUAGCCUGUUGAAUUUAAGAAAGACCAACUUAUCGCUGAAACUGACAGUAUCUCAUUCAAUCCUUAAUAAUUCGUAAUCCCACCUAAAUCAGAAUUCGGUCUUGAAAUAGCCUAUAGACCUUUGGUGGUGCAGGACAUUCAAUCCAAAAUCACAAUAAAAUCAGUUCAAUUGGGAGAGUUUGUCUUUCCUCUUAAACUAUAAGGAUUACAGUAGAAUGUCUCAAGAUCACUCUAUUUCAAAGCUUCCUUGGGCACUGAAAUGGUCUUGCCAUUCAAAUUUAUGAAUUUCACCAAGAAGCCUACCAUGUAUACAUGUUAUGCCACUAAAUUGGGUCCGAAUGGAAAACCACUUCCUGUGAACAUAGACCCAAAGGCUAAAGGUGCACCAGCCUAGACUACAGACUUUAUUUGCGAAUAAGUUCAAUUCCAAGCACCUUAAUCUGAAUCUUUUGAUGGGGUUGAAUGUCAGAUCAGUGUCAAGUAUGAGCCCAGCAGUCUCAAUGAGAGCAGAGGUAUCUUAGUUGUGCAAUCGCCUGAUGGUGGAGAAUAUCAAUGUCUGUUGAUUGGAUAAGGAAUCACUCCCUAACCGAAAGGACCAUACAAGUUAUCGGGCGCUAAACCACCUGCUAUUGAAUUUAAGAAUCCCUUCUUUGAAGCUUAAGAGUUCACGUUGAGAAUUGACAAUCCUGCAUUUACUUCUUCAGUCAAGUCCCCUAUUAAAGUUGAUGGUAAAAAAGUAUUGAGCAUAAACAUCACCUACAAAGCAGUACCAAACACAAGCAACAAUGGAAGAUUAAUAAUUUCCUGCGGAGAUUUGCCACAAUGGGUAUUCUAUCUUUAAGGAGAAUGAAUAAUAUUAUUAAUAUUUAAUAUGUUUUAUUAUAAUUAUUAA